ACGUUGUUUUGGAGGAGGAAGUGAAAGGGGAACAGAGAAGCUGGAGGUAGCAGAUAGUUAGCUCGCUGGCAGGCAACCCUUCCAGCAAAGUGCCAAAUUUACACACCAGUUGAGGAAAUUUUACUUCGCCAAUCUACGAAAGUUUUUUUUUUAGUUUUCCACGUGAACGGGCGGCACGUUUUCUAACAAUUUGAAACAAGGUAUUGCCAAACUAACGUUAGCUAACAAACUCAGUGCCAGCGAGCUAGCUAACGUAACGCCUAGUUAGCCCGGUUAGCCUCCAGCGCUGACUGUCCUGAACAAUAACAGCUCGUUUGCUGGCUGCCAGCUCGGUUCACGUCAAGAAGUCGGUGCUCCGGUGUGUUGCAAGUUAAAGCGGUGGAAAAAUGGCAUCCAGGAAGAAAGUGCUCUUGAAAGUCAUCAUCCUGGGAGAUUCCGGCGUUGGAAAGACCUCCCUCAUGAACCAGUACGUGAACAAGAAGUUUAGUAACCAGUACAAAGCUACAAUAGGAGCAGACUUCCUGACCAAGGAGGUGAUGGUGGAUGACCGGCUUGUUACGAUGCAGAUCUGGGACACAGCUGGCCAGGAGAGAUUCCAGUCUCUGGGUGUUGCGUUCUACCGUGGAGCAGACUGCUGUGUGUUGGUGUUUGAUGUGACUGCACCCAACACCUUCAAGACACUUGACAGCUGGAGGGAUGAGUUUCUGAUCCAGGCCAGCCCUCGAGAUCCUGAGAACUUCCCCUUUGUGGUGCUAGGCAACAAGAUUGACUUGGAGAACAGACAGGUAACCACCAAAAGGGCUCAGGCUUGGUGUCAGAGUAAGAACAACAUCCCCUACUUUGAGACCAGUGCUAAAGAAGCCAUCAAUGUAGAACAGGCAUUCCAGACAAUUGCACGCAAUGCCCUCAAACAGGAGACAGAGGUGGAGUUGUAUAAUGAAUUCCCAGAGCCCAUAAAACUGGAUAGGAAUGACAGAGCUAAACCUUCAGCAGAAAGCUGCAGCUGCUGAGGGACAACUUGGACCAUCUUCUCUCUUUGGCUUUCUAAAACACCGGUUACAUCACCUGCACCUCGCUCCCAGGGAAAGGACUUCCCUUCUGGUCUUCCUCCUUCACUUUUCAUUCCAUCCACACCACCCCUCACGCAGUAUGCUGCACAAGGAUGUACACGCCCCCUCCCCCACACAAAAACACACUUGUACACAAAUUAAUACACUAGUGUACUCUGAUAAGAUUCGCAGACAAAUCCUGUGCCCAAAGAUCACAUGAGAGGAGAAUGAUAUCCCUUCUGACGUGAUGGUCCCCGACUCGACAACGAGUGAUCUUCUGGCCCCGCCCACCCACUUUUCUGACUGUGGCCCCUGCGUCUCACCUUGAGGGGGCUAGAUGGAGCCAUGUUCAAAGAGUGCAAUGGGAAACUCAACAAGGACUGGCUGAUGCUCUGUAAUGUGAGAUGAUGUUGACUAACGUCAGCAUCCCAAGUAUCUAAUUCCCUCAUUUUGCUUUCUCUUUGCUUUCUUUUGCUUAUGUGUCAAGAAAUAAUCAAGUUGAACUAUAUAUAUAUAAAUAUAUUGUAAUUGGCUGAUAUUAUUUUUCAAGCCAAUCUGAAACACUUUUGGUUUUUUGCACUUUCUUUUUAUGUUUUUGCCUUUAAGUGUUGUAGAGGGAUGACUGAUUUUGGACAACGUCUGCUACCACACGCCUUUUCUUCAAAUUUGAACCCUGUCACUUGUUUUCCUUGUCAUCAUGCCCUUGAGAAUCUGUUGAACACUUUGGUGAUUGUACUGCCUUUUCCCUCCAAGGUUGCGUCAAGGGGUUUAUAAUUGCCUCACACUGCAGAAGAAAUGUUCCUAAGUAGACAAGCCGAUAACGCAGCCACGGUGUAAAACAUGGAUUAAUUCCUCAAUGUAUUAAUAUUUGCCUUUUAUGUAACAUUAAUUGUACUGCUACUAUUACUGCUGUAUGUGUUCUGUCCUUCAUCAGACAUCUUUCAAUGCUGUGGAUUUACAAUAUGUGUCACCAACACAGCAAACACCUGUCUUCUGUCAUGUCUUUGUUAUUGCUGUUCCCUAUCUGCUUGUAGCUCAGGUUGGCUAAGUACUUAAUAUUUUUAACGGAUUGUGCAUUACGUUGUAUAAAUGGUGGAGGUUCUUGGCAGGUGGAUUGAACUGAAAUGGAUGGUUUCUCUUUCCAUUUAAAGAAAAGAUCCAACUUUUUGCCCUGGUAUUACUCUUUCUCCUUACAGAAAAAAGUCACUGCAAUGCCAAUGAUGUUGUCAAAGAAAACUGGGACGUCAAAUAAUAAAUCUCUUGAAUAUAUCAGUGGUCUGGAA